CCGGCCCCAACAUGGGAGGGAAAUCCACCUACAUCCGCACGGUCGCCCUCUGUCAGCUCUUGGGCCAGCUCGGCUCCUUCCUCCCCGCCACCUCUGCCUCGCUCCCCAUCCUGGCAGGGAUCUACACGCGGAUGGGAAGCAACGAUGACCUGGCUCGGGGCCUCUCCACCUUCAUGGUGGAGCUUUGGAACGCAGGAUUC